UUUUCUCAAUUGAAGUUCCCUCUUUCCAAAUGACUCCAGUUUGUGCCAAGUUGAUAUAAAACUAGCCAGUACACCGCAUAAAGGUAGAAAGUGAGCCAAUUGCUAUGGCGUCCUCAUGGGCCAUUGUGUGUGCCCUCACACCACCACCACCAAACUGUGAAAAAUGGAAGCCUUUGUAAUGACUUUCCCCCUGGCUGGAACUGGGGGUUGGUUUUCCUCCCCAGCUAAGAUCAGAUUGGGAAUAUUAAGAUGGCUGGGGGGUGGGGUGGAGAAGGCACUUGGAAUGCAAGCCGGAGGGCAGACCCCACCCAAACCUGUAGGCUGGAUUAGAAUCCUUUGGUUCCAAGAACCCCGCUCUCCGUUUUGCCUAUUCCAGCUUAGAUCACUUCACGGUUGACUAUUCUUGGUGUCACUGCUGUCUCCUUGUGGCCCUGCACAGUGUGCUCAUUUUCAAUGCUGAGCUAAGUUAAGAUCUGCCUAUAGUUAGAAGUAUAGAACCACGUUCAGAAGACUGUCAGAUAAACCAGAGAAGGUAACUGUGAAGAGAGUGUUCACAGUUCUGAACUUCUAGUUCAGAGAUCAGAGAAGGACUGAACUAGAACAGCCUACCCAGAGUGGAUGGGAGGAGUCCCUACACUCACUAGGUCCUAGUCAUUUUAACGCCCUAAGCCUGAAUGAGGCCAUGUCAUCUUUGGAAAUCUAAAGAUCAGAUAGUGAGAAAGAGAGAGAGACAGAGAGACAGAGAGAGCGAGCUUGAGCUUCCGGCUUGUGGAAGCACAGCUCCCAUCUUUAUUUUUCCUUUACCUACUCAGUUUGCUGCCACCCUACACCAGCGGCACAGAACAAUCACAGCUGUCCCCACCUGCAUCCUCGGACAGCUGCUGUGAUUUGAAUAACUAGGCAGGCUGAUGGAUGUCCUGGACUGAUUUGCCUGGUAAAUAGUCCCUAGAGUCCUGUACCCUUCCAGGUCUGGAGCCAUGUGUCUUUUUGAUCUCCAUCCCCAGGAGCAGCCUAGGCUCUUCUCUCACUCAAGCCUCCCUGGGGGGUGAGUUCUCCACUGUCUCCAUUCUCAGGAGAUGGAGGAGUUGCCUGGAAGCCUAGCCUAGAGAAGGAGCCAUGAUGGCAGGCCCCAGCUGAGGUAACCAGAGCCAGCUAAGGUUGCUCCCCAAGCUUGUCUCAAAAUUUGCAUGAAGAGAAUGAGGCUUCCAGGAGUCUCCUGAUUUCACCUAGUUCUGGGGCCCAGGUCUGACAGGCAGCAGGCAGAGGCAGCAGCUCUGUGAAGAGCCAUUUCACCAUCCUGAAAGCAAUGCCCAGGGUCUUUCUUGUGAGGAGUCGGCGUCCACAGCCACCUAACUGGAGCCACCUUCCUGACCAGCUCCGGGGAGAUGCUUAUGUCCCAGACUGCAGCAGCCUGGCAGUGCCACCAGCACACAGAUCUUCUGGUCUGAGAGACACCUGGGCAGUGUCCUCACAGGGGACACUGACCUCUGCUCCCAAGGGCCCCGGGACACUUGGCUGCCCACUCUGCCCCAAGGCCUUCCCGCUGCAACGCAUGCUGACUCGGCACCUCAAAUGCCACAGCCCAGCGAGGCGCCACGUGUGCCACUAUUGUGGUAAAGGCUUUCACGAUGCCUUCGAUCUCAAGCGUCACAUGAGGACUCACACUGGAAUACGGCCAUUCCGCUGCGGAGCCUGUGGGAAAGCUUUCACCCAGCGCUGUUCCCUGGAAGCUCACCUUGCCAAGGUGCACGGGCAGCCAGCCAGCUACGCUUACCGGGAGCGCAGGGAGAAGCUGCACGUGUGUGAAGACUGUGGCUUCACCAGCUCUCGGCCGGAUGCUUAUGCGCAGCACCGCACCCUACACCGCACGACCUGAUAAGACUGGCUGCUCCCUACCCACGAGAGAAAUAAACACGGGAAACACUAGUGUAGAAACUGGCAUUUAUUACAGGUGGAAGAAGGAACGAUCACUCAGUCCAGCGGUGGCCGCAGUGUGGGGCAGUGCAAACAUAGUACAG